AUGACCCGCCACGUCACCGUUGUCCCGGCCUCCACCAAGGCCGGCCGCGAGACCAUCCGCCGCCUGCUGGUCGACGACAGCAAGCCCACCGUCCGCGGAAUCUACCGCGACCCGGCCAAGGCGCCCACCGAGUUCACCUCGCACCCCAACUUUGAGGUCGCGACUGGCGACGUCGGCACCCCCGGCAAGCUCGACUUUGCCGGCACCGACGCCGUCUUCUACAUCCCGCCGCCGACCUAUGAUGACGGCACACCGCAGGCCGUGUGGGCGGAGCGCAGCGCUGGCAAUGUCAAGAACGCCCUGCAGGGUUCCCCCAACGUGAAGCGCCUGCUUCUCUUUUCUGCUAUCGGGGCAAAUCACGACAAGGGCGUUGGUAUCUUGUGUCUGAACCACAUCUCUGAGAAGGCGCUCGAGCACGCUGUCCCUGAUGUCCGUGUGAUCAGGCCGGGCUACUUCUACACCGAGUUACUCUCUCAGCUACAGUGGCCAGAGGGAGAAACGCCCGUCCUGAACACGUGGAUCUCUCCUGCUGAACAUCAGAUACCCAUGGUCAGCCUCGAGGACAUCGCCGAGGCCUGCGCACACAAUCUCCUCUCGGAAGGGGCCAACCCAAAAAGCCCCUACAUCUUCAACAUGUUUGGCCCGCGCUUCUACUCGGCGCUCGAUCUCAAGGCCGCCAUAGAGGAGGCCACGGGCCACCAAGUCGAGCUCCAGACCGCCGAUCGUGAUGAGCUGCCUGGCUACUUUGCCGGGCUCGGCAUCCCUGCGCAGCACGCCCAGGAGCUCGUCGAUAUGUUGCUCGCGGGACUGCCGGGUGGCACCAUUGUCCAAGAUUUUAAUUAUGGCGAAAACACUGUCACAGGACAGGUGGAGCUGGUGGAUGGUGUGAGGGACUUUCUGAAGAAGCGCACUGGAGCGUCGUGGGCGCAAUAG